AGUCUUGCUCGCGCCUCCGCCGCCACCGCACCAUGCACUGGAGUAGCCGCUAGCCGGGCCAGCCGGCGCGCCCCGUCCGGGAUGGGGCAGCACAGCUCCUGACUUCUCCUUCGUCCCCCGACCAGGGCCGCCAGCCUCCCGAUCGAGCAUGGAGCCGCCCGCGGGCGGGAGCAGCGGCAGCUGUGGUAGCAACGCUGGCCCCCUGGAGCCGCCGGUCCCCGGCCCCACGGCCACCCCCGGCCCUGGCCCCACUGUGGCCAGCUCUGGCCCGGCCGCCGCUGCCGCCGCGGCAGCUCGGGACUCUGAGCGCCAGUUGCGGCUCCGGCUCUGCGUCCUCAACGAGAUUCUGGGCACCGAGCGGGACUACGUGGGCACCUUGCGCUUCUUGCAGUCGGCUUUUUUGCAUCGCAUCCGGCAGAAUGUGGCUGAUUCAGCAGACAAGUGCAUUACUGAGGAGAAUGUCAAGAUUCUCUUUUCCAACAUUGAAGACAUCCUGGAGGUUCAUAAGGAAUUCCUGAAUGCCUUGGAAUUUUGUUUACAACCUGAGCCUCAAUCUCAGCAUGAACUUGGAAAUGUAUUCUUAAAAUUUAAGGACAAAUUCUGUGUGUAUGAGGAAUAUUGCAGCAAUCAUGAGAAGGCUUUGAGACUCCUGAUGGAACUGAACAAGAUACCUGCCAUCCGAGCCUUUCUCUUGAGUUGUAUGCUUUUAGGCGGCCGAAAGACUACAGACAUCCCUUUGGAGGGGUACCUGCUGACCCCGAUUCAGAGGAUUUGCAAGUACCCUCUGCUUCUCAAGGAACUGGCAAAGAGGACUCCAGGAAAGCACCCUGACCAUCCUGCUGUCCAGAGCGCCUUGCAGGCCAUGAAGACUGUCUGCACCAAUAUCAAUGAGACCAAGAGGCAGAUGGAGAAAUUGGAGGCCCUGGAGCAGCUGCAGUCUCACAUUGAAGGAUGGGAGGGUUCUAAUCUCACGGACAUCUGCACCCAACUCCUCCUUCAGGGAACCUUGUUAAAAAUCUCUGCCGGCAACAUCCAGGAGCGAGCCUUUUUCCUGUUUGACAACCUUCUGGUCUACUGCAAGAGGAAGUCCAGGGUCACUGGGGGAAAAAAGUCGACCAAGCGGACCAAGUCCAUCAAUGGAUCCCUCUAUAUCUUCAGAGGUCGGAUCAACACUGAAGUCAUGGAGGUGGAGAAUGUAGAAGAUGGCACAGCGGAUUACCACAGCAAUGGCUACACUGUCACAAAUGGUUGGAAGAUCCAUAACACUGCCAAAAACAAAUGGUUUGUCUGUAUGGCAAAAACGGCAGAGGACAAACAAAAAUGGCUAGAUGCCAUCAUCAAGGAGAGGGAGCAGAGAGAGAGUCUCAAGCUGGGCAUGGAGCGGGAUGCUUACGUCAUGAUUGCUGAGAAAGGAGAGAAGCUCUACCACAUGAUGACGAGUAAGAAGGUGAACCUCAUCAAAGACCGAAGGAGGAAGCUGAGCACCGUCCCCAAGUGCUUCCUUGGCAAUGAAUUUGUUUCUUGGCUCAUUGAGAUUGGAGAGAUAAGCAAGACAGAGGAAGGGGUCAACUUGGGCCAAGCCCUGCUGGAGAAUGGGAUCAUCCAUCAUGUUUCAGACAAGCAUCAAUUUAAGAACGAACAAGUAAUGUACAGGUUCCGGUAUGAUGACGGUACAUAUAAACCGAGAAGUGAGCUGGAGGACAUCAUGUCUAAGGGUGUGAGACUUUACUGCCGGCUGCAUAGCCUUUUCACUCCAGUGAUCAAAGACAGAGACUACCACUUGAAGACCUACAAGUCUGUGAUUCCUGGGAGCAAACUGGUGGACUGGUUGCUUGCUCAGGGAGACUGCCAGACAAGGGAGGAAGCUGUGGCUCUGGGUGUCGGACUCUGUAACAAUGGCUUCAUGCACCAUGUCCUAGAGAAGAGCGAGUUCAAAGACGAGUCCCAGUACUUCCGCUUUCAUGCUGAUGAGGAGAUGGAAGGGACGAGCUCCAAGAACAAGCUGCUUCGAAAUGACUUCAAGCUGGUGGAGAACAUUCUGGCCAGGAGCCUUCUGAUAUUACCUCAAGAGGAUGAUUAUGGCUUUGACAUAGAAGAAAAGAACAAGGUGAUCAUGGUGAAGUCGGUCCAGAGAGGUUCCUUGGCUGAGAUGGCUGGCCUGCAAGUAGGAAGGAAGAUCUAUUCCAUCAACGAGGACCUUGUAUUUCUUCGACCUUUUUCGGAGGUGGAGGCCAUCCUCAACCAGUCGUUCUGUUCUCGUCGGCCCCUACGCCUCCUUGUGGCCAGCAAGGCCAAAGAAAUCAUCAAAGUCCCUGAUCAUCCCGAAACCCUGUGCUUCCAGAUUCGUGGAGCUUCCCCGCCAUAUGUUCAUGCUGUGGGUAGAGGAUCCGAGGCUGCAGCGGUGGGACUGAAUGCUGGCCAGUGCGUUUUGAAAGUCAAUGGGAACAACAUGAUGAAUGAGAGCUUUGCAGAGGUGUUGGAUCACUUCCUGGCUUACCGAAGCCGGCAGCAGGAGGCACUGGGUCUGUACCAGUGGAUCUAUCGCACUCAUGAGGAUGCUGAAGAGGCUCGAGCCCAGCCGUGGGGCCCUGGCAGCUACCUCAAUGGCAGCCUUGAUGAAGCCACGGGACAUGGAGCCCUGGAAGGAGGACAAGAUGAUGAAGAUUUCUCUUUGCAGUCCAUGGGUCCCCAGCUGACUAUCCCUGAGGGCAGCCCUUUGAUCAGCCUGACUGUUGAAAAUGUCCACUUGGAACAUGGAGUAGUGUAUGAAUACGUCAGCACGGCUGGGAUCAAAUGCUUUGUUCUAGAGAAGAUUGUGGAACCCAAAGGCUGUUUUGCUCUCGCUGCCAAGAUCUUGGAGGCCUUUGCUGCAGAUGACAGCCUCUUUGUGCAGAACUGCGGGCGGCUCAUCUCCCUGAGCAGUGCCGUGGUCACCAUGCCUCAGUAUGAGUUCCGGAACAUCUGUGAAACCAAGCUGGAGCGCAUCACCAGGAGGAUCGCCAACUAUCAGGAGUUUGCAGAACAGCUGAAAACCAGGGUGAGCCCCGCCUUCAAGCAGGCAUCCUUGGAACCUCAUGCCCUCUGCAGCCUGGACUUUUGCCCCACCAACUGCCACGUGAACCUCAUGGAAGUGUCUUACCCCAAGAACACUACCUCAGUGGGGAGGUCAUUUAGUAUCCGAUUUGGGCGAAAACCUUCUCUUAUUGGCCUCGAUCCUGAACAAGGUCACAUAAACCCGAUGUCCUAUACCCAGCACUGUAUCACCACCAUGGCUGCCCCAUCCUGGAAGUGCCUCUCCCAGGAGGAUGGGGAGUUUCAUGACAGGAGCUUGAUGGAUAGUACCAUCAACCAGCAGAAUGGGGGGCCAGGUCAAGAGGAUCGAGGCUUGAGCUUCCUACUGAAGCAAGAAGACCGGGAAAUUCAGGAUGCCUACCUGCAACUCUUCAACAAGCUGGAUGUGGCUGUGAAGGAAAUGAAGCAAUAUGUCAUGCAGAUCAACAAAUUACUGUCUACCAUCACAGAACCAAUGGGUGAUGGGUCCUGUGAACCUCCCUCCACUGAUGAGGUCUCUGCCUCUCCCCUGGUUGGUGAGGACAGUGAAAUCGACAAGGUAGACCAUAGUGGGAUCAAGAAGGUGUGUUUCAAAGUGUCAGAGGAAGACCAGGAGGACUCAGGACAUGAUACAAUGAGCUAUCGAGACUCCUACAGUGAGUGCAAUAGUAACCGAGACUCCGUCCUUUCCUACACCAGUGUCCGUAGUAACAGCUCUUACCUGGGCAGUGAUGAGAUGGGUUCUGGAGAUGAGUUGCCUUGUGACAUGAGGAUCCCAUCAGACAAGCAGGACAAACUGCAUGGAUGCUUAGAGCACCUGUUUAAUCAGGUGGACUCCAUCAAUGCACUCCUAAAAGGCUCAGUCAUGAGCAAGGCCUUUGAGGAAACGAAGCAUUUCCCCAUGGAACACAGCUUGCAAGAGUUUAAACAGAAGGAGGAAUGUCCAAUCCGGGGCCGGAGCAUGAUCCAGAUAAGCAUUCAGGAAGACCCUUGGAACCUUCCCAACUCCAUCAAGUCCUUGGUGGACAACAUCCAGAAAUAUGUAGAAGAUGGGAAGAAUCAGGUGUUGCUGGCAUUGCUGAAAUGCACAGAUACGGAGCUGCAGCUGAGGCGGGACGUCAUCUUCUGCCAGUCUCUGGUGGCUGCCAUCUGUACUUUCUCUGACCAGCUGCUUGCAGCCCUGAGCUACCGUUACAAUAACAACGGAGAAUAUGAGGAGAGCAGCCGAGACGCCAGUCGCAAGUGGCUGGAGCAGAUCGCGGCCACGGGGGUCCUCCUCCACUAUCAGUCGCUGCUGUCCCCUGGCGUGAGGGAGGAGCGCAUCAUGCUGGAGGAUAUCCGGGUCACUUUGUCAGAGCUGGACAACGUCACCUUCUCAUUUAAACAACUGGAUGAGAAUUUUGUCUCCAACACUCACGUCUUUUAUCACAUUGAGGGCAGCCGCCAGGCCUUGAAGGUCAUUUUUUACCUCGACAGCUAUCACUUCUCCAAACUGCCCACCCGGCUGGAGAAUGGGGGCAAUUUAAAGCUGCAUACGGUCCUCUUCACUAAAGCCCUGGAAAAUCUGGAAGGGCAGCCACAAGCUGGAGGCUCGACCACCUCACUCCUGGAGGAGCUGCAGCAGGAGAUCAAUGCUCAGUCUCUGGAGAAAGUCCAGCAGUAUUACAGACGGCUCAGGACGUUUUACCUCGAAAGGUCCAACCUGCCCACAGAUGCCAGCGCGACAGCCGUGAAAAUUGAUCAGCUGAUCCGUCCCAUCAAUGCCAUGGAUGAGCUGUGCCGCCUGAUGAAGUCCUUUGUCCACUCGAAGCCUGGCACCAGUGUGCCUGGUGCAGGACUGCUGCCCAUCUCUUCCGAGCUCUGCUACCGCCUGGGUGCCUGUCAGGUCACCAUGUGUGGCACUGGUAUGCAGAGGAGUACCCUGAGUGUCUCCCUGGAGCAGGCAGCCAUCCUGGCUCGGAGCCAUGGACUACUUCCCAAGUGUAUCAUGCAGGCGACAGACAUCAUGAGGAAGCAGGGGCCCAGGGUGGAAAUCCUGGCAAAAAACCUCCGAAUCAAGGAUCAGAUGCCUCAGGGAGCACCUCGGAUCUAUCAGCUGUGUCAGCCACCUGUGGAUGGAGACUUGUAAAUAAGAAAGGAUGAGAACCCUUGCUUUGUUGGAGACCCUGGAAGUGUUCAGCAGAGAGCCAACCCUCAGGACCCUUGGUGUACCUCACGCCCCUGCUGGCAAACCUCUCCCCUUGCCAGGGUACAGGAGAUGAGAGCCUGCUGCCAAGAGCCUUUUCCUAAGACAGGCCAGACUACUUGAAAGCUGCCCAGUCCCCUUCCUCAUCCCAGAAUCAGUCCCCAUCCCCAUCGUUGCCUACACACGUGUGGGUGAGGCCAUUGCUUCCUCUCUUGGACAUAGCUGUUUGGGAGAGAUUGCAGACCUGGCAAAUACAACUGGACUGGGGCAGGGUGUCUCCAGUCAGAUGCCUGCGAAGGAUGGUGGUCACUUGGUGCAAUCAGAACCUUGUCCUGCCGCUGACCAGUCAUAUCAAAUGUGGUUGCUGUCCCUACCCUCCUUGUCAUCCUGAGCCCCUUUUAUCCAUGGAGCUAUCAGGGUCAUUGGGCCAGUGGCUUGGAGUCGUCAGACCCCUCUUGCAAGACACCACUUUCUAAAUUGAUCAUUCUGCACUUUUGAAACCCAUGUCUGGCACAAAUCUUGGGUUUCCUUCCAAUAAGAAAAGAGAUAUUUAUUCUGGAGCUCUUCGCCAUCACAGAUCACCCAGAAAGAAGCUCUUUCUAUGCCUAGAGCAUAGCAUACAUUCCGCAGUCACUGCUUGUCAUGGGUCUCCUUUCCUUGGUCUUCAGGGGUAGGCAUUAACCCUUCCUGAUGCUGUCUGUUAUAGUCUGCAAAGCCAGUCCUGAUUGAUCUGGUUGGCAUUAACAAGCCUGACACAAGGAUGGGAACCAGGACCACUUGAUGGCCUGGUCCUUUGGACUGUGCCGGUUCUCCCUGUAAUGGCAGAAGAACUGUGUUGUACCUAUUUAUGUGGAAUGACACUUCUGGGUUUUUGGGGGUUUUGUUCUUUAUUGUGUGAUUAUAUAUUUGAGAUUUUAAGUUUUAAAGAAAGAUAUAUUGUUUAACAUGGGACCAACACCACAUAGCUUUCACAUUUCCCAGUUCUACUAAAAACAAAACUAAGUGAUUUGAAAAUGAAGGUUUUACUUUUUUAAUACUAGGACUUUAGGAAGACAGUUUCACGUCAAGAAAAAAAGCAUCAGGUGCCUCAAAUGGACUUCUCUUCCCCCACCCCUAUAUCAAAAUGGUUUCUGUUUGUCAGUAUUAGAUAGAAUGCCACAACUUUAUUUAAAAGGCAAAAAUAGAUUGAGAAAUGCCCAGAAUAUCAGCUGUGUGCUUCUGAGAGCACUGUGAUAGGUGAGAUCUAGGCAUCUUUUUAAAAAGUUUCAGCAAACAGAGGGCAUGCACAUUGUGGGGCCCCUCCCCUCCUUCCCUAACUCAUCUUCAAAUUAUGUUCUCUAACACCUCAGUCCUGGUCAGGCCACAAAGCAGGUGGAGAAAAGCAUGCUCAGGAGGAGAAAGGCUUCCCAGGUGCUCUUGUUUUUAUUUAUUUUUAAUUUGAAUUUCCCUUGAGCAGGGUAUUUGAGGCCCUUUGUUCAGUUAGCUAGCUGGCCAGGAAGGCUCCCAGAAUUGAGGAGCAAUCCACUGUCCUAACUGUCCCCACUGCCGUCUUUCCACCUUCAAGGACACUUGCUCCAAACCUGUGGCAAACUAGCUUUGUGGAGGCCUACACAAAGCAAUUGUCCCUUUAAAUAAUUCUUUAUGCAGGGUCUGAAAUGCUGAGGCUAUGUGAGAAGGAAAAGUAAACUUUCCAUUUCUUUAGCCAAUGGCCAGGAUGAACAAUGUGGGGUCUGGAGGUUGUCGUUGGGGUCUCAGGUCUUGUCUCAAUGCUUCAGGUCAGAAUAGUAUGACAAAGCAAAUCAUUGCUUGGAACGUGUAUAGACUUCUUGGUUUUCUCAAUGUUGUCUCAAUGGGGUGGGGAUUGGGAGGAAAACAGGUCCUUCUUUUUCCAGGACUCACUGGGAAACAAGUGAUGGCCCUUUCUCCAGAGAGAGAAAGAGAGAGAGAGAGAGAAAGGGAGAGACCAUCCAGGUUGCCCACCACAGUGGGUAUGUGUUUGGGAAGGUGGUUGGGUCUCAUUGGACUGGGAGCAGAGGUUGGCUCUCAGGAACAUGAGCCUUGUGCACUGGUUUACAUGGACAUGUACAUAAUAUUCUCAUUAAAUUCCUGAUAGAUUUUUUAUUAUUAAAAGUUGGUUUAUAUUACAUGGAA